AGGAGGACAUCCUUUCAGAAGAGCCAGUAAAGAAAAUGCAAGAAAAGAGUUUUCCCAUCGGGCACUUGACCGAAGAGGAGAGGUGAUGGCUUUGUAGCUAAGAUCAUUGUAGUUCAAGACAUCCUUCAGGAAGAAAAGGAUAAACAGCUCUGGGCCAAGAUGAAUUACAGCACAUCCACUGUCAACACUUUGUACCACAGUGGCACAACCACCUCUGAGCCAGACCGUGGGACGGCUGUCGAUGGGACUGGAUCGGAAACUGCUACAAUGACACCUGAAACCAGCAGCUUUAACAGCACCAAGAUUCCAGAUGUUGCCGGCAACAGCCCUGGCAUGGGGACCAUGCUGCUGUCCUUUGGCAUCAUCACUGUGAUUGGGUUGGCUGUUGCUAUGGUUUUGUAUAUCAGGAAGAGGAAACGACUAGAGAAGCUACGGCACCAGCUCAUGCCCAUGUACAACUUUGAUCCUGCGGAAGAACAGGAUGAGCUGGAACAAGAGCUGCUGGAGCAUGGGCGAGAUGCUGCAUCUUUGCAGGCUGCCCAGAACAAGACAAACCAAGGGGUGCUCCAGAGACCUAGUCGCCUUGUGUUCACAGAUGUUGCGAAUGCCAUCAAUGCAUGAACAUUGCUUCCGCUACUGGAGACACAGGAGGACAACGACGACCAAUUAGCAACUUACCAUGGAUGGUAUCCCCUGAUUCCAGCCGG